AUGGAGACGGUUGAUACGACUAAGCGCCUAGCGCACUUGCGCGAGUUGAUGCAAAAGCACAAAGUGGAUAUCUACAUAGUUCCCUCAGAGGACAGCCACCAGUCAGAGUACAUCGCGCCCUGCGAUGCUAGAAGAGAACAUAUCUGUGGAUUCAGCGGUUCUGCAGGCACUGCUGUCAUUACACUUGACAAGGCUGCUCUAGCAACAGAUGGUCGAUACUUCAACCAAGCCUCCAAGCAGCUCGAUGCCAACUGGUUACUAUUAAAACAAGGUCUAGAAGAUGUCCCUACCUGGCAAGAAUGGACGACAGAGCAAGCAGAAGGGGGCAAGACCGUCGGUGUCGACCCUACCCUUAUUACCUCUAUAGAUGCUCGGAAAUUGAGUGCAACUCUGAAAAAGCAAUCGCACGCAACCCUGGUUGGGGUCUCAGAAAAUCUCAUUGACCGCAUUUGGACAGAUCGACCGAAUAGACCAGCAGAGCCCGUUAUUGUUUUAUCUGAUAAGUAUGCUGGCAAAUCAUUCCAGGAGAAACUUGAGGAUCUUCGAAAAGACUUGAAAAAGAAGAAGUCGGCCGGCAUGGUGGUGUCCAUGCUCGAUGAAGUUGCCUGGCUUUUCAACCUUCGAGGCAGUGAUAUUCCGUAUAACCCUGUCUUCUUUUCUUACGCUGCAGUCACUCCAAACUCAGCAACAUUGUAUGUUGACGCCGCCAAAAUCGGUCAGGAGAUCAGAGACUUUCUAGGUGAAUUUGUGGAGAUCAAACCCUAUGAUGCCUUAUUCUCCGACCUCACCGCUAUUGCCGAGACUGCGGUCAAUGAGGCUGACGCUAACAGUACCACCAAGUCUAAACCCCAAAAGCUCCUACUAUCAAAUAAAUCGUCGUGGGCCUUGAGCCUGGGGCUUGGUGGUGAAGAUAAGGUCGAAGAAGUACGAAGUCCUAUCACUGACGCCAAAGCCAUCAAGAAUGCCACUGAACUGGAGGGAAUGAGACAGUGUCAUAUCCGAGAUGGUGCCGCGUUGAUUGAAUAUUUUGCCUGGUUGGAAGAUGAACUAGUCAACAAAGGCAAGACUUUGGAUGAAGUUCAAGCGGCAGACAAAUUGGAGGAAAUUAGGUCGAGAGGAGACCAUUUUAAAGGCCUAUCCUUCCCGACUAUCUCGUCGACCGGUCCAAAUGCUGCUGUCAUUCAUUACUCUCCCGAACGCGGCAACUGCUCCAUUGUGGAUCCAAAGGCAAUUUAUCUCUGUGAUUCUGGGGCACAAUACCUUGACGGAACUACUGAUACCACACGGACACUCCACUUCACCAAGCCUACAGCAAUGGAAAUCAAAGCGUAUACUCUAGUCUUAAAAGGCGUUAUUUCACUUGAUCGAGCUGUCUUCCCCAAAGGGACUACAGGUUUCGCCAUCGAUGCUUUUGCAAGACAGCAUCUAUGGCGUGAAGGUCUUGAUUACCGUCAUGGUACAGGACAUGGGGUCGGCUCAUUUCUCAAUGUCCAUGAAGGUCCCGUUGGUAUUGGGACUCGAGCUGCCUAUUCCGAGGUGGCCCUAAGCAUCGGGAAUGUUAUUUCCGACGAACCUGGAUACUAUGAAGAUGGCAAUUUUGGUAUUCGUAUAGAAAACAUGAUUAUGGCCCGGGAAGCGACCACGAACCAUAAGUUUGGCGACAAGCCAUGGAUCAGCUUUGAACAUGUCACCCUAGUACCGAUGUGCAGGAAGUUGACUGAUCCUAAGUUGCUGGACCCCGAGGAGAUAGACUGGCUGAACGACUAUCACAAGGAGGUGUGGGAGAAGACAAGCGGUUUCUUCAAGGAUGAUGAACGGACGACGAAGUGGUUGACACGAGAGACAGCCCCAAUCUGA